AUGACUAUGAACAACACAAACGAUACUGAACCGGAACAAUUCAGCUACUACAGCACCAUUUUGUAUGAAUUUCACCACGUGUACAUCUGGGUGCUGGUAGGUGUGGGUGUGCCUGGCAAUGUCGCCUGCAUCUUAGUAACCACGUCCAUGACCCUCACUACAGCCACCUUAUACAUGUCCAUGCUGGCCGUAGCUGACCUGUUGGCUCUGGUACUUAAGCUAAUAUUUCACCAGAUCGUCAUUCACAAUGUGACAGUAAAUACUUUUGCUUGUAAAGUGGAAGUGUUUGUACAAUUAGUCAGCUGCUACGCCAACUGGACUCUGGUGCUGGUCUGUUUGGAACGGUUUUUAUCCAUUCGCUUUCCUCUCAAGAAGAAAAUCUACUUCACCAAGAAGAGAGCUAUUCUCAUCGCCGUGUUACUGGGGAUGAUACUGUGUUUGUGUUAUCUUUAUGCGUUCAUUCAAGUAGACCACAGAGAGGAGAGAUACUGUGAUUAUCCGGAUUCGUCUUUUGAUUUCGUCAGAACCUACUGGUACUGGAUUUUCACCUUCAUCUACUAUUUUCUUCCCUUCGUCCUGCUCCUCAUCUUUCCUUGUCUUAUCAUCGUCAGUCUGAGGCGUCAACGAAAGGCACGCGAGGUCAUGGUAAGGACAACCCCGGACAAGUCAGGGGAGACAACGCAGACAAGAGUUGAGGUCGCCAUCUCUGUCAUGGUGGUGUGCGAUGCAAUCGUCGUCAUUGUCACCUUCGCUCCGAUCUGCAUCUUGAACCUUAUUGAACCAUUCGACAUAUUGAACCAUGGUAGCCUUCACACAAGGUUUACGGUGAAAAUGUUAUGGCUUACAGCAUUAACAUUAUCAGAAGCGAACUACGCUGUAGACUUUGUGAUAUACUUUGCUGCCUCCAAGAAGUUCCGUUCUCGUUUUAUAAAGCUGAUCAGAAAAUGUUAG